GUAGCCUGGCUGGAUAUGAACGAACGAACGAACGAACGAACGGACGGACGGAGUGAAGGGGCCCCGCGGGGCCCGAGGCCAAGACAAGUUGCCAAUGAGCGGGAAUCUAAGUUCAGUAGUCAGUUGGUACUGAGACCAGACAUGAGCUGUCGUAUAGGAGUGACCUUAUUGGCCCUAACGGGUCUCAUCGCUACCGUUUCGGGAGCUGCCCUGCUGGGUGCCCCAGGUUGCCCGGAGCAACACGGAGUCCAGGCGUACGCCCACCCCGAGGAUUGCGCCGCGUUCUUCCUCUGCGUAAACGGUACGUUGUCUCUGGAGCAUUGCGAGAACGGGCUUCUUUUCGAUGGUCACGGAGCGGUGCACAACCACUGCAACUACAACUGGGCCGUACAAUGCGGAGAGCGUAAAGCCGAUCUGACUCCGAUCAGCACCCCUGGAUGCGAGUACCAAUUCGGAAUCUACCCGGACAGCGACUCCUGCAGUACAACUUACGUGAAAUGUGUCUAUGGUGCUCCGCAAUCCGAACAUUGCGACGCUGGAUUAGCGUACGACCCCAAAAGUCACUCUUGCGUUUGGCCCGAUCAACUUCUACCCUACUGCAACCCAGAAGCUAUCGUCGGCUUCAAAUGCCCACAGAAAAUACCGGCUCACACCGCUGCGGCAAGAUUCUGGCCAUUCCCGAGAUUCCCCGUACCCGGAGACUGCGGUCGUUUGAUAACUUGCGUCGAAGGCAGCCCUCGUCUGAUUACAUGCGGGGAUGGAAAACUCUUCGACGCUCAUAGCCUGUCUUGUCUGGAUCCCGAAGAAGGUCCUCAGUGUGCGAACCACUAGAAGUUACCUGGAAUUGAUCGUUGUCGAUGUUCGAAAUAAUUAUCCCGCGAACAUCUCACGUAAUUGUUCAACUCCCGAAACCCGGAGAAGUUUGGAAAUAUUUUUUUGAAAACGUUAAAAACCAUCGGUUGCACGGAAUUGUAUAACAUACAGUCGAACGCAGCUGUUCCAAUGGAUGACCUCCGUCUUACGUCAUCUCAUCUGACAUUUAAUUGCAGACCGGUAUCCGUGUUGAAAAAAUAUAGAUACAUUUAUAUUUAUCAAACGCCGUGCCCGAACAGGCGGGACGAUUAUACAAUAACAUUAAAAGUUGAAACGUCGACUCGACUCGUCAAGUUAUUCGCAAUAUUUGGAGCUGAAGGCGAAAGUUAGCGGGGCGACAAUACGAGCGAUAACAUUGCAACGUUCCCAAAAUUCAUUGGCUGUACGAAAACUAAUAAAAUUUAAACUACACAUCAA